AUGACCUCACGCUCUGAUGCUGGUGUAUUCCAUGUCCGUGCCCUACUCCUCGGAGUCUUAUACGUAUGCGGAUCAUUGCUAUUUGUAACAUCGAUGUUAUCAAAGACAACAACUCUGACAAAUGUUUCUAGCAAUACUUGCCCAACUGUACGGGGUGUCGAUCAAAUCAUUGUGCUUUUGGUUGACGCAUUGAGGCCGGACUUCGUACUUCCUGCUCUGUCACCCCAUUACCUCGAUGGAGUGGAGUGCUCUACCGUUAGUGCCCGCGGUGUUGACGGUAACGUUAACGGCGACCGCCGUUCAACACUGACAUACAUGGAAGAAAACCUGAAGCGUGUCGCUCACCCCUCGCAUGGUUUUUUUUUCCUUUCUGAUACCCCAACCAUAACGGCACAGCGGAUCAAGGCGAUCACCACAGGGACAACGCCAGCAUUCCUCGAGGUAGGGACAAACCUCAAUACCGAUGAGGUCCAAAUUGACAACAUACUUCUGCAGUUACGAAGGCGGUCUAUAUUACUUGGAGAUGAUACAUGGCUCAACUUAUUCCCUGACCAUCAGGGUAACGCAUCUUUCUGGAAACACACUCACGCACUUCCACCAUACAAUGUCAGUGAUUUUGACACUAACGAUGCAACAGUAAUUGCGGAUUUGAUGCCGCUGCUCCUUUCCGAAACGGCAGAGCAGGCGCCAGACGACUACGCACGACUUAUUAUUGGACACUUACUGGCUGUGGAUCACGUUGGUCACCGUCACCAUGCCAGCCAUCCUGCUAUGUACAAGAAACUCUCUGAUAUUAACGAAAUGUUGCGAAACGUGACUAAGCGGCUGCGCGAAGAAAGGCAAACGUCAAUGCGGACACUUCUUGUUGUGUUUGGUGAUCAUGGAAUGACAAACAGUGGUGACCACGGCGGAGACUCCGAAGGGGAGAGAGACUCUUUUAUGUAUGCAGAGCUUUUCGAGAGUAGCAGAGACUCGGUGCAUGCACCUGUAAACUCUUCGGACAAAUUUCAACGGAAAAACAAUUUAACUGAGAAGCGGUGGGAAGACAACAUUGACGAAGAUCUUUCGCGCUUGAAGGCGUGCCGUGAUGUUGCGGGAGUUCAUCCCGGAAAGUUGAGUGCUGUCCAUCAGGUUGACCUCACCCCAACGCUUGCACUUCUUCUUGGUGUGCCCAUUCCCUUCAGUAACGUUGGUCGUGUGAUACCAGAGAUGGUUGCGCUUUCAAAUCCCGAUGUCAAUAUGAGUGCAUCCGAGGAAUGCAACUGGAAGCAGUUAACUUCAUAUUUUGACGAGGCAGGUUUGUACAUAAAGCCUGAGUGGAAGGAUAGUAAUCUUUCUUUGCGGAGACGUAUUGCACAAAUGAGUCACUUUGCACGGUCCAUUCGCAUGGAAAUAAGGCGGGAUGGGGCAUUUAUAGGAUCAUCUCUUUGCAUGGUUACGGCGCUUUCCCUGUUGAGGAAUGGGGACAUACAACAAGUGAUUUGUGGAAGGUCCGUUCUCGGGAUUGGGACAUUGUUUCUACUCGUUCUUAGAUUACUUGCUGUAUUUGCAAAUAGUUUUAUCAUCAAAGAAAGCGUCGAGGUAUUUUGUCUACUACAGCUACUGCUUAUAGCUGCCUUGUUUGUUGCGCCAACGAAAGGCGGUGGGAGGCAUGCGUCCUUCCUCAUUGUCAUUCUUCUUGUGUUGCUGCGGGUAGCUGUGCCGCUAGUGUCCCGUGAGCGUUCGCACAUCACACACACGGCUGAAGCGACGUCGCACCUGGAGAUGUGGUUGGCGAAACAGUUUCCCGAGUUUCAUUACAAUAGCGUUGGGAUCAUACUGGGAGCUGCCCUAUUUGUUUUUUCGGCACCUACAAUGCCUCACCGUCUUAUGGGAAUCGUCCUUGGGACAGUAGCAGCAGUGUGUUAUGGGCAGCCGCUGAUUCAUCACAUUGGACCGUUUGUAUUUUUCGCACUGACGUUCUUUUUUCGAGGCAUGGGCCCGCUGCGAUACACGGCGCUGGUUUUGUGGUCGAGCUCGCUUUGUAAUGAUAACUACGUUGCAAGCGCCUCAAUAGCUGUUAGUGGUGUCCUUUUACCCGUUGUUCUCACCGCCACACGCCAUUUGCCCGUGGUGCCGCAAGCUUUAAUGCUUCAUCUUUACAUGUGGGUGUCCUUCUUUGCACAAGGUAAUCAGUGCCUGUUGAACACCGUUGAUCUCAAUGCCUCAUUUGUGGGCUUGCCCUUCAACAGUGUGGCUUUGGGAUCAGUUUUUGUUUUGUCAAGGCUUUGCAAUGCCUUUCUGUUUGCCCCCAUUGCCGUGAUGAUUACUUACGGUACAGACCGUGCACGGGGCUGGCGCGUCUGUUACUUACUUCUUUAUAUAACCUUGGCGCAGAGUGCGGUGUCUAGUUUCAAUGGAUAUAUCCAGAAGUCGCAUUUGAUGUUCUUUCCAAUCUUUUGUCCCAAAUUUAUUUUCGAUUUUUGUAUCGGUAUGGCGGCUUGUAUUGGCUACGCACUGGCUGCGUUACUGGCAUGA